CUCCUGCUCUCUCCUCUCAUCUCCUCUCAUCUCCUCUCAGGCGAUGAAACUAGGGUUUCAUCACAGAAAUCGUAUUAGCCGAGAAACCAUCACAAAACUCUCUUUAAUCUUUUCAAUAGCCUUCAAUCAUUGAUCUGUGGUUUGAAGAAUUUUGAAGACUUGAAGAAUUUUGAAGACUUGAAGAAAUUUGAAGAAAUUUGAAGACAUAGAAGGUCAAGAGGGAGUUUCUUCUUUUCUGGGAAUCUUAUUUGCUCAGCAUCACAUCAUCAGGUCAAGUGGAUAUCAAUUGCCCUUUUCAGCUGGUCGUUAAACGUAUUUGGAAGGGAACUGUCUUCGGUGUAUUCAAGAGUCAUUUUCAAGUAUCGUGUUUUGUUGAAAAUUACAUGUAGAAGAGCUAGGAGAGGAUCUUUUUGCCAAGAGAUAAACAGAAAAGAAGCAUCGGUUACGGAAUCUGAAGCAAGCUGCGAAAGUUGAGUUGUCGCAGCUAUAUACUUUGUAGUUUAGCUAUAUACUUCAGUGAUUCUGUAAUACCCAGACCCUGUAAUAUAUACCAUGACUGCUAUCUUUUCGUGAAUUGUUUGGUUUUAUUUGUUUGAUCACUUAUUUUUGAGGUGUUAGGUAGCUCUCUUUUGUUAACGUGGAUGCUCUCUUUUAGCUCUGUUCAGUUUUCCAUAUUUUGAUGGUUGAAUUUCACAGGGUAUGGCAGCAGUAGAGGUCAAUAAAUAUGGACAACCAGUUUCCAGGAACGCAACAACAUUAGGUCACCGGAGAGGCGCCUUGGCUCGUACUCAUGUGCCUAUUUCAUACAAAAGCUGGGAUGUUGUGGCUCCAAAGUAUAAGGAGGAUAUUUGGAAAACCCUUAAGACAUCAAAGAAAUUAUUCUUAAGGCCGGUGCUGGUCCAUGGAGGAGAUUCAAGUCUGAGUUACGCCUUGCCUGCUAUGAUGUGCUCCCUACUCAUGAAGAAAGGAUUCUAAAUGUUCCACCAAGUGUCAAAUCAGAGGAUUGGAUAAAAUUUUGUGAAAAUGAAAGAGAAGAAAAGGCAAAGCAAAGUAGAAAUUGAGCAUAAGAGGAAAAGAGAACAAUAUGGCUACACACAUUGUAGUGGUCGCAAACCCCAUGCUUUGGUGAGAGCUGAACUGGAGGCCGUAAAUCCUGAUGCAGUGAUCACUCCUGAGGAUGUGUGGGUUAAAUCUCAUACACAAGAAGGUGGUUCUAUUUUACUUGACGCGGUGCCAUUCGCUGAGAAGCUCAAGAAGGCCCAAGAUGAGAUCAAAGAAAAACAGGAUGCGGGUCUUUCAGUAGAAGAACCUUGUGCAAUGACUAAAGCUUUUGGGCCAGAUUCUAGAGGACGGGUUCGUUCACUUGGUCCUAUAUCUCAUACACAAAUCAAUCUUUAUGCUCCAGCGCGUCACAAGUUAAAUGAACUGAACGCGAAGGAGGGUGGUCUUGGUGGGAUGGUGGAAGAAAUAGGUGGCAAGGUGGGUGUUUUGUUUGAUGGAUUUGUGAAAUUGUGCCACGUAGUGGAUGAAAUUAAAUCUGCAAUUCCAGUAUCAGUUGGCUCGAACGUUCCCAGCACCUCAAGAGAUGUAGCCUCGCAUAGGUGUUUUUGCUUCACCUCAAUCAGGUUCACAUGCUGCGACAAGUUCACCUGUUGGGAAUACUGUAUCACCAGCUGCGACAAGUUCACCUGUUAGGAAUACCGUAUCACCAGCUUCAUCAAGAGUACGUGGUUUGCCUCUUUGUUCAUUACUGGACUACGAGGGUGAAGUAGUUGCAACUGGUGAGCUCUGUACUGGUUCUUUAGCAAAUCAGUUUCACGGAGAUCCUAUACCUAUACAUCUUGCCAAGGUAUGUAUUGAUGAUAUUCUCAAGCCAUAUGCAAUCACUGUGGAAGCUAACAAGUAUGCAGCGACCUUCAGAGACAUCGGAAUUGGAGGAUAUGUGCUUCGUCCAAAUAUGUGCCUCUCAAACAAAGACGCACCAUCUCUUACUUUUUGAUCUAAUAGAUCUCAGCCUUUUUGAGCAUCGCGUAAUAUCUGCCUUGACCUAUACGGAUCUUUUUAUUAUACUUGUGCAGUUCAAACUUUUGUACGUAUGCUGACUGAUGCGCAUACUCUUAUGCAGUUGUGCAUAAAAAGUAUUUAGGAUCUUUUUUUGAUUUUUUUUUGUAGUUCACACUUUUGUACGUAUGCUGACUGAUGCGCAUACUUUUAUGCAGCUGUGCAUAAAAAGUAUUUGGAUUUCUUUUGGUCUUUGGUGGUUCACACUUUUGUGUGUGGUGACUGAUAUGGAUACUUUUAUGCAGUUGUGCAUAAAAAGAGCUUUACCUGAAGCAACUUUUUUUGGUCCAAUGUAACUUUUUUCUAUAUAUGUGAACACAAACCGGCUUAUGAAUGGAUAUUUUCUUUCAGAUCA